AUUAAAAGAAUAUGUUGUAAAUUUACUCGAACAUGAUACAAUUUGAAACUUAGAUUGAAACAGUUUUUAAAGAAAUGAACUUGUUGUGAAAAAUUGAAAUUAAAACUUUCCUAUUUGAAAAAAAAGAAUUGAAUAAAAAAUCAAGGAAUCCUUGACCUGUGAACUUGUCUCUCUAUUGUUAUGCUGCGCUGGUGUUUCCUUUUUAACUCUAUUGUGCUAAAGUUUAAUACAACAAGGCCGAUUUUUGGCAAAAAAUCGUUAGAAAAAUAAUACAGAAACAGAACAUGAACACGUAUAACGAAAGGAAAUUGUAUCAGUUCCUUAUUGUUUAGUUAAAUGUCUAAAAAAUAUUACAUAAAUUAUUCUAACAAAUGCCAUCAAACAGUGAUUGUUUGGAUUCUUUUUGUUCGCACGUUACAAAAGACGCCAUUGUUUAAAUGUUCCACAAUACAUUUAUACGCAGAUAUAUGUUCACCCAAUCAUAUAUAUACACAACCAUAUGUACAUACAGAAAUCCUCUCAUAAGUAAGACAAUAUAUACCACACAGCCGAACUAAUAGAGCUUACAAUUUAUACAUGUUUGUUAAAGUAUAAUAACAAAGUGUAUAUAUAGUGUGCAGGCGAAUAUAUGUGUACAUAUAUAUAUAUAUGUGCACAUGGAUUUAGAUACAUAAAUAACAUCAGUUUGCUAGCACUGUAUAGAAUCAGAAGUGAUUAUGGGUUCCUGUUUGGGACGUUCAUCCCACAGCAAGAGUUCAAGCAAUAAUUCCCUAGUAUCCUCUUGUCUCGGACACCAUGCAACAGAUGAUCAAGAAAGAGAUUUAAUGUCAAAUCUUAAUGAACACUACAAACGAGAUAAUUUUAUAUAUCGCAUCAUGAAUUUUAAACGAAAGAAAAAAUCUUCACACUUUCUGGAGAAAUUCUGGCAAUAUCAGGAUACAAGCUAUGCCAAGUUAAGCAGCGGUCCGCAAGCCGAAAGCAUUUCCGACAUCCAACUGCAAAAUUUAGAUGUUACAAAUCUUUUGCUCAAUGCUGCCCACAGCCAAAAAGAAUCGUCGAUCAAUAAUAUUGCGAGUCGCGUGCCCAGUUCAAGGGGUAGUUCUUCGUUGGAUUUGGAAUGGGAACACGAAUAUUCCCAAAUCCGUCAAUACCCUCAAUUGCUUCGAAAUUCAAAGUACGUAUGUUUGCAGCAACAACAUCAAAUGAACCAUGAAAUGUUAACACAAAUUUUGCAAACUGAGACAUCGGCUGACGAAUCUUCUUGGCAGUAUAACAAUAUUCAUGAAGAUGGGCAACUCCAUUCUAUGGCUUCAAUGCCUUCCUUGGGCCUACAUAAUGACUCUCUACAAAUGCCAAAUAAUUUAGAAAAUUUUAAAGAAUGUUCAAAUGAAAAGCGUCCGUUAAUACGCACUCGAAGUCGUUCACAGCGUUUGGGUUCCAUAACACGCAAUUCCUCACACAAUUCUUGGUCUCAUAUAUCAACACCUGAAUCUCUCGAAUGGGAUAUUGAUGAGGAACAACAAAAUCAACUAUAUGUAGAAGACGAUAACUUAGAUCACGAAACCUUAAAGUUAUUACAUCAAAUAGAACAAUUGAAGAACCGAGUUCUCUAUGAGACCGGCGAAGGUUUAUUUGUGGACUUUGAAGACCGCGCGAAAACGUUCGAUAAUGAUAACGAUUUAUCACGUAAAACUUUCCACACCAUGUUCGAAGGAGCGGCUAAGCACACAUGCUUUCAAUUGGCUGAAAGCGAUGGUGAAAAUGCGAAUUUUAGUUGAUUUUUUUUGGAAAACAUACUAUAAAUUUUAAGGAAUUGAAAUUGUAACGAAGGAUAGGCCUGAGUUUAGGGAUUUAAUAAAAAAAAUCAAUAUAAUUGUUAUAAUGUAUUAACAAACAAGUGCCUAGAUAGUUAAAAAAGAUAAACUUAGAACCAAAGCAUAAUGAAAUUUUAAUGUAU